AAAAUGUUGUAAAAUUGCGAAAUUCUGAACAUUUUUUAACCAUUUAACCAACAGAACCGGAAAAAUGCAAUUAUUUGCACUAGCCAGGAGUGCUCUGGGGGCACGAAUUAUGCUACGUGGCCUCUCGACCACCGGGACAAGGUGGACCGAGGUGAAAACCGUCCAACAAACGGUGAAUCCGUACGCCCGGAUCCAAAUCGACUGUGCGUACAACCUGAAAAUCAUCCCCUACGAUCUCUUGGACUGUCCGGAUUCGAAUCUACUCAGAGCCACCGUGAAAUCGGACGAAAAUGCGGACAACAUAGCCGUGAAGGUGACCGAGAAGCUGGUUUCCAUCUCGAACGGCGCCGAAACGGGAGGAAAGUUGCCGGAAUGCGUUCUCGAAAUACCGAUAAAGGCCGACCUGCAGAUACGGAACGCCGGUAGUACGACCAUAGCCGACCUGUACAGCGACGAGAUUGCUGUGGAAUGUACCGGGAACAUCGACACGAAGAGCUUACGCUCUACGAACGUUGCUCUUACCAGCACCGCCGGUAACAUAUCCUGUCGUGGAAUCACACUCGCCCAGAACGUGGUCGCGGUAACGAGUGGCAAGGGCAACAUUUUUCUCGACAAACUUCAAGGUGGUUCUGUGAGCGCAUCAACCCAGGAUGGUAACAUCGUGGUCAAUGCUAGCUACUCCAACCAAAGCUCUUUCCAAACGCAACGCGGUGACCUGGAGUUGAAGAGCAUCCACAAGGAGUGCACCGUAAAGUCCGACGCUGGUAACUCCUUCACGAUGAAUGGAUUCUACGGUACUCUGCACGCCGAUGUUGGAAGUGAGAAUGUCACGCUGCAGCUCUCGGAAACCGUUGGCAAGAGCACCAUCCUGGCGGCGAAGGCAAAAGCUCUGCAACUCAAUCUUGCGGACACCGUUUACGAAUCCUCAGCGAUAACGGUGAACGCCAGGAAGCUUGAACUGGACGGUAGUAUUGAGGACAAAGCGCAUAAACGGGAUGGUAACAGCGUAACGCUUGGCAAGGAAGAUGGAGAAAGUAGCUUACACGUGGAGGCAGCUGGUUCGGUGACGCUCCGAAAAAUGUCCUGGGCCGAUACGUUCUCGUUCGCAGGGAAAAUGGAACAAUAAUCCGUUACUUCGCUGAAGCGUGCUAAGCAUUUACGUUACUUAAGUGUUAGUCAAGAUUAUUUAUUAUUAGAACUUGUAAAAGUAUUAAAGACAAAGACCACGUGGAAUAUAAGUGCAA